AUGGCAAGCCCUGCUGAGAACCUCCGCUCCCGUCUGGCGCAGUACGCAUACGCGGGCGCGGGCGCGAGUCCGAGCCCACGCCGAAGUCCUCGCACGACAGCGCCGCCCACGGCCACCACGAGCGGGUAUGUGAGCGAUGACGAGGACUCGGGCCCCAGUACGCCGUCCAAGCCCGCCGCCAUAAGUCCGAGAACGCCCAAGCGCAGACCCGACGGCAGCCUCGACAAGUUCGGGUGGAAGAAGGCGCGCGGGUACGCCAGUCCGGAGAAGUAUGCGCAUCUCCAGCCGAUCGGGGACUGUCUCGCGCCCGAGUUGAAGCUGAUAUUCUGCGGCAUAAACCCUGGCACUCGCUCGAGCAAGCGUGGGCACCACUUUGCGCAUCCCACCAACAAGUUCUGGCGGGCUUUGCAUCUCUCUGGCUUGACACCCCGCCUCCUCUCUCCCGAAGAGGACAGCACGCUUCCCUCCGCGUACAGGUACGGACUGACCAACCUUGUUGACCGGCCCACGGCGGAGCAGAACGAGCUCUCGCCGGCAGAGAUGCGUGCGGCUGUGCUCCCGCUCGUGCGGAAGUUCAGAGCCUACCGCCCACGAGUGGUGUGUUUCGUGGGCAAGAAGAUCUGGGAC